GUCUAGUCCAUCAAAGGAAAAAUAAUCAAAAUUUUCAGCUUCUACGCCGGAGAUCGAACAUCAGCUGUAUCGCCGUUUCUAGAGUGGUAAUUUUCAAGAUCGUUAUUCAAACAAGCUGGAGUUAUAAAGAUAUUGUAAAAGGUGUAAAAGAUAUUCCAAUGGAGUCUUUUAGAACGUGCUUGUUCGUGAUAGUUAUUGUUCAGGUUAGCUUGGUUUUAGGACACGGAGAUCACGAAGGAAGCCGACUACAUAAUACUAAAGUAACCCAUGAUAAAGAGCAUAUAAAAGAGCAUCUUAAAGAAGAAAAUAUUGAUGUCAAAGAUGAAAACCUUAAGGAUGAAGAUCUUCAAUUUCAUUAUUUUAAGAUGCAUGAUUAUGACGGGAAUAGUAAACUAGAUGGAAUUGAGUUAAUGAAUGCUAUGACACAUUACCAUGACGAAUCCGAUACAAAUAGCACRGAAACAUAUACUGAUGAACAGAUGUCAACAAUGAUUGACCAGAUUUUAAAUGAAGAUGACACAAACAAAGAUGGUUAUAUAGAUUAUCCGGAAUUCAUUGCAUCACAGAAAAGUUAACUGACCAUGGAACAAUGCUUGCAAUCUGUUUGACUCAUUAGAUGUACUUUUGGGUAUUCUAUUGUCGUUAUGAGUAUUCCAAUGGGGUUUGGCUUAUAUCAACUAGAGAUCAAAUGACAGGAUAAUAGAUUUAUUGUUACUGAACUGGAACUCUUUGCUUGUUACUAAAUCAAAUGAAAKACUUGCCAUGAAUUUUGUUUUAUUUUUUGAUACAUUAUAAAAGGAAAAAUAAUUCCAGAAUAUUCUAUCAAAUUUUAAGGUGGAAMUUAUYAAGAGUAGAUAAAAAGAUACAAAAYUAAUAUACCUGGCAAUGGUGUACUUACGAAGUAGAAUAAAGAAACUGCAUAAAAACCUUCGUAAUUUUAUUUUAUAUUCAAAAUAUCAGAAACAAAGUAAUAACUGGAAAAUGUAUUUUACAAUUCAUAAUACAAUCAUUGCAACAACAAAAUAAAUUGGAAUGAAAUUCUGAACAGAAUUCUUGCUGUCUUAAUAUAUYAAUAUAACUGGGAAGGCAGCCUGAUUUUCAGUUUGGCCUGGGUCYGACACUAACGCUUUUGGGUAGGGAAGUGAGCUAUAUUUUGCCAAUACGGGAAGGAGUCAAAGAUUUUCAACGCGAUAAGAAAAAAUCUUUAAGGGACCAUGUAACAUUCUGUCUAUCACGUGAUUAAAUAUGAAAUUAGAAUUGGUGUAGAAUGGUGGGAACAAGCGGUAAACUAGUGUGUUGCG